AUGGCUUAUGUUUUGCGUUUCAAAUCUAAACAACGCGGUCACUUAUCAAUAAAGGAAUUAAAUCAAGCACUUCUUGUUAUUUUAAAGCUUGUUCAAAGAGCUAAUUUUCAAGAAGAAUUUAAACAAUUAUCUCAAAACAAAACCAUUCGAGUAAAUAGUAAUUUAAGAGCAUUGAAUCCGUUUUUAGAUGCUGAUGGUUUAAUUCGAGUAGGCGGUCGUUUAAAAAAUUCAUUGUUACCGUACAAUGAGAAACAUCAAAUCGUUUUGCCUAAAAACAAUCACAUAACAAAUUUAAUAAUUCGUAAACAACACAUGUUGAAUCUCCACGGCAGAGAGCAGACAACACUUAAUGCGGUUAGAUUGAAAUAUUGGCCUGUAAACGGAAGAAGUAUAGUAAAAUCAAUUAUAAAUAAAUGCGUGACAUGUUUUCGUGCUAAACCGAAAAUUUCCUCAUACAUUAUGGGCGAUCUCCCAGAAAACAGAGUUAUUCAAACACGACCUUUUUUAAACACAGGUUUGGAUUAUUGUGGUCCAUUCUACAUAAAGGAGAAAAAAUACAGAAAUCGUGGUAAAAUAAAGGUUUACGCGUGUAUUUUUGUUUGCUUCGCUACUAAGGCAAUUCACAUUGAAAUGAUUAAUGAUUUGACUACUGAUGCAUUUUUAAGUGGUUUACGUAGAUUUUUUGCUAGACGGGGAAUUUCUUUAAAUUUAUACUCUGAUAAUGCUACAAAUUUUGUCGGAGCAAAUAAUGAGUUAAAACGCGUAAUACAAUUGUUAAAAUCACAAGAACACAAUAACGCUGUUACUCAAUUUUUAAACACAAGGGGUACUCAAUGGCAUUUUUCACCUCCUAAUUCACCACAUUUUGGUGGAUUAUGGGAGGCAGGAGUAAAAUCCUUUAAGGGUCAUUUUUACAAAACGGUAGACGAUAAAUUAUUCACUUAUGAAGAAUUAAUUACGUAUUCUUCUGAAAUAGAAGCUGUACUGAAUUCAAGACCCAUUACUCCUUUAUCCGAAGAUCCUAACGAUUUACGUGCCUUAACUCCUGCACACUUCCUUAUUGGAGACACAUUCACAAAUUUGCCUGAAUUGAAUCUUACUGAUUUACCUGUCAAUCGUCUAUCAAAUUGGGAACAUAUCCAAUACGUCAAACAACAUUUCUGGAAGAGGUGGUCCAAGGAAUAUUUGAAUCAACUUAAUGUGAGGUCCAAAUGGCAAUUUCAAAAAUCAGACAACAUUAAAAUCGGCACAAUGGUUCUUCUCAAGGAAGAUAAUGCACCUACUUUACAUUGGCCAUUGGGGCGAAUAGUAGAGGUAUUUCCGGGUGACGACGGUAUUGUGAGAGUGAUAUCAGUGAAAACUCACUCCGGAGUUUACAAACGAGCAGUGACACGUGUUGUGCCAUUACCAAUUUAA